AUGGCGCUGAGCCCAGAGUCCCCAACCACGUUCCCUGCGCUGGCUGUGUCAGGCAGUGCCACUCCCAAGCCACCUGGUGGCCCCAAUGUGUCCCUCAACAGCUCCUGGACCAGCCCGACGGAGCCUGGCUCCUUGCAGGACCUGGUGGCCAUGGGGGCCCUCGGGGCAGUGCUCUCGGCCAUGGGUCUGGUGGGCAUGGUGGGCAACGUGUACACGCUGGUGGUCACCUGCCGCUUCCUGCGCACCUCGGCCUCCAUGUACGCCUACGUGGUGAACCUGGCUCUGGCAGACCUGCUGCACCUGCUCAGCAUCCCCUUCAUCGUGGCCACCUACAUCACCAAGGACUGGCACUUUGGUGACGUGGGCUGCCGCGUCCUCUUCAGCCUGGAUUUCCUGACCAUGCAUGCCAGCAUCUUCACCCUGACCGUCAUGAGCAGUGAGCGCCAUGCUGCAGUGUUGAGGCCCCUGGACACCGCGCAGCGCUCCAAGGGCUACCGCAAGCUGCUGGUGCUGGGCACCUGGCUGCUGGCACUGCUGCUGACCCUGCCCAUGAUGCUCGCCAUCCGGCUGGUCCACAGGGGCCCCAAGAGCCUCUGCCUGCCGGCCUGGGGCCCACGUGCACACCGCGCCUACCUGACACUGCUCUUUGGGACCAGCAUCGUGGGGCCCGGCCUGGUCAUCGGGCUGCUCUACGCCCGCCUGGCCCGGGCCUACUGGCUGUCACAGCUGGCCUCCUGCAGGCAGACACGGCGGCUGCCCAACCCCAGGGUGCUCCGCCUCGUCCUCAGCGUUGUCCUGCUCUUCUGGGCCUGCUUCCUGCCCUUCUGGCUGUGGCAGCUGCUCUCCCAGUACCACGAGGCCCUGCCGCUGGCGCCCCGGACAGUGCGCCUCGUCAACUACCUGACCACCUGCCUCACCUACGGCAACAGCUGCCUCAACCCCUUCCUCUACACGCUGCUCACCAAGAACUACCGCGAGCACGUGCGGGGACGCCCACGCUCCAGGGGCAGCAGUGGCCAUGGGGGCACCAGCAGCUUCCUGCCCAGUCACGUCCACUUCCAGAGGGACUCAGGACACUCACUGUCCUCCAGCAGCCAACAGGCCACGGAGACCCUCAUACUGUCCCCUGUGGCCGCUGGUGGGGCCUGUGUCUGA